GUUUAGCCACCGGAACGUCUCCAUAUCGGACAUCCCGGCGGCGAGCGCCUCCUCCGCGUCGGUUUACUGGAAGCACCGCCCUCCCGCUCACCGGCCUCUCCCCGCCACCUAAAACCCGCCCGGCUCCGUCCUCUGCCGACACUCGGCUGCAGUCAGAGCUCCUCCACACUUAAACCUUUCUGUACCUGUUGUCGUAUUUCUUACCUGCAAACAUGACCCAGGUGAACACCUGUCUGAAGCGCACCUUCACCGUCUUCAACAUCUUCUUCGCGAUCAUCGGUGGUUUCAUCAUCGCGCUCGCUCUGCUGUCUCAGGUCCUCACCAACGUCAAUGGCGGCGACAACCUGGAGGGUCGCACCGCCGGCCUCAUCGUCCUGUACGUGGUGGGCUCCGUCACCAUGGUGAUCGCCAUCCUGGGAGCCUACGGGGCCCACAAGGAGAGCAAAGUGUCUCUGAUCGUGUUCCUGGUGUGUAUGGUGAUCGGAAGUCUGCUGAUGCUCCGGACCGGGAUCCCUGCCGCCGCGGGCCGGCCCAAGCUGGAGGGAAUGCUGUCAGACAGAUUCCAUCAGCUGCUGCCUCUGGACACGGCGUCAGAAGACGUGAAGAACAUGGCCAACAACCUGCAGACACAGCUGCACUGCUGUGGUCUGUUCAGCUACAGGGACUGGAACCAGAACAUCCCCAACUCCUGUCUGUGCGACCAGGAGGAGGAGGAGGAGGAGGGAACGUGUCAGAACAUCAACUACAGAUAUUUCACGUCAACGAAGUCCGUCUACGUCAAGACCUGCUUCCCCAUCAUCGCUCACUACGUGCUGCUGGUCGCUGACGUCAUGAUCGGCGUCGUCUUCACUCUGGGUGUUCUGGCGCUGCUCGGCCUGGUUCUGUCCUCCAUCAUGAUCCACCAGAUGCGUUACCCCGACAGACCCCCCGUGCUGCUGUCGGUGCCCGCCAUCUUCUCCACGCCUCCGCCCAAGUACCAGGAGCUGCACAACCCUCCGCAGUACUAGAGGAGCGGCGCCUCCUCUCUGCACCUGUUGCUGGCUCAGCGCCCAGGUUGAGGAAGUCGAGUCGUUUCUGUUGUUUCUGUUUAAUCUUGAAUUAAAGGCGAUAUAUGCAGUUAGCGGGCGGCGAGUCCGAAGUGCCUUACGUCACUGUGAGGAGUCCACUGGGUCUCUGAUGGGUCUCUGGCUGAGAGUGAAGCUGAUUGGUCGGUGCUGUAGGGGCGGGGCUUAGAGUUUCUGUUUUCUUUUCUAUUUGUCAGAAUCAGCCGACGACCUUUUGUUUACAUCCUGUUUGGAUCUUUAUUUCACACCGUUCUCAACUAAACGUUUGGAGAAAAAGCAUCUGGAUCACAAAAUAUUUAGUUUUUAUCUCAAAUAAUAAAAAGUCCAGCCUGGAAUAUAAAAUGUUAGAAAGGUUUUGUUCUCUGAUCCUCAUCUGACUUCGAACAAACUAAAAAUCUGUUAGUUGUUAAAGUGGAAGUUUUGAGAGCUUUGAUAUGUAAAUCCUGGUUUGUUCUGAGACUAAAAGCUCCGUUCUGUCACAAUGUUUAGACGUUUAGUUAAAGUUUGUGGGCUGAGGCCGAUGCAGAAAAGGAUUUCAGACAAACUUUGCUGGAAACAGUCACAACUUUUAAGUUUUGUGGGAACGAGAGCCCUCGUCAUCGUCUCCCGUCAGGAAUCAGCUGUUUCUGUUGGACCUGGUGACAAACUCACCGUGAGAUAAAACUCAGAAGCAGCUCUGUAAUAAACCACAGAACAUUUUAGUACUUUUGUUAUUUUUUUGCCUCAGAAUGUUUCUGCUCUCGCCCCGACGGCCCGAUGAAUCCACCGGUGGUCACUCUCGUCUCGUUCACUUUUAUUUUAAGAUUUACAUUCUUUACACUUCCUGUUCUUUGUGUUAGUGAAUGUCACAGCGAGUCGUUUCUUUUCUGUCUACAUUAAU